GUGGUCAAGCUGCUGAAUAACAAGCGUUCUCAGGCGGUGGGGAUUCUGAUGUCCAGUCUUCAUCUGGACAUGAAGGACAUCCAGCAUGCCAUCCUGCACCUGGACAAUACUGUGGUGGACCUGGAGACUCUACAAGCCCUCUACGAAAACAGAGCACAACAGGAUGAGAUGGAGAAGAUUGAUAAGCACAUCAAGUCAUCUAAGGACAAGGACAACGCCAAACCACUGGACAAGCCUGAGCAGUUCCUGUCCCAGUUACAUCAGAUCCCCAACUUCUCAGGUCGGGUGUUCUGUAUCCUGUUUCAGUCCACCUUCUCUGAAUGGAUCUCCUCUAUCCUGCGCAAACUGGAGAUCCUGCAGAGAGUGUGCACGACCCUGCAGAGUGGCCAGUGUGUGAUGCAGGUGCUGGGUCUGGUCCUGGCCUUCGGUAACUUCAUGAAUGGUGGCAACCGAACCAGAGGACAGGCUGACGGCUUUAACCUGGAUAUCCUGCCCAAGCUGAAGGAUGUCAAGAGCAGCGAUAACACACGGAGUCUGCUGUCCUACAUAGUGGCUUACUAUCUGAGACACUUUGACCAGGACGCAGGCAGGGAGACAUGCCUCUACCCUCUCCCUGAGCCCCAGGACCUGUUCCAGGCUUCCCAGAUGAAGUUUGAGGACUUUCAGAAGGACCUGACCAGGCUAAAGAAGGAUCUCCGAGCGUGCAACACAGAGGUAGAGAAGGUUUGUAAAGUGUCGUCUGAAGAUCACCUGCAGCCCUUCAAAGACAAGAUGGAGGAUUUCCUCAGCCAAGCUAAAUCUGACCUGGAGGUCCAGGAGAAGCAGCUCAGUGACACUCACAAGAUAUUCUUGGAGUUAACCGUGUUCUACCAGGUGAAGGCUAAGAUGGGAGAGAAGGAGGUUUCCCCCAACACCUUCUUCUCUGUGUGGCACGACUUCUCCUCCGACUUUAAAGACCUGUGGAAGAAGGAGAACAAGAUGAUCCUACAGGAAAGACUGAAGAAGGCAGAGGAGUGCUUCAGACAAGCCAAGGAGAAAGCCACCUACAGUGUCAAACCCAAGCAUGCCUCGGGAAUCAAAGCUAAGCUGGGCAUGAAGAUUUAACACUGGAGGACAGUAUGGUGCCUUUUACUGGAGAGAGGGAGAGAGACUAGGAACAGCCAAGUUCCACUGCAUGUACUGCUACAGAUGAAUCACUUAGGCCAAGAACCAAUGCUUGCUUUCCAAAUGGCACCCUAUUCCCUACCUAGCGCACUACUUUUGACCAGGGCCCCAUAGGAAUCUAGUCAAAAAGUAGUGCACUAUGUUGGGAACAGGGUGCCGUUUGGGAUACGAGCCUCAAAUGUGAACUUUUGACUCCCAAGCGGCCGUCAGUCUGUCCGUCUCCCGUCCUCCCGCCUACUCCAUGAACCGACUCUGCAGGCUUCUGUUAUUGGCUUGUCAGACACGCAAACGUCCAAUCAGAAAGAAGAGAGAAAACACCAUGGGGUCAGAGGAUGUCAUUAUACCAGAACUCCUACAGGUGGCUGCUCUGUUUAUAGGAUGACUUCCACAGGGACGUACUAAAGGAGAUACCUGGAGACGUCUUCUCUACAGUCCUACCCCCCCUACUGUUGAGACACCUGGAGACAUCUUCUCUACAGUCCUACCCCCCCUACUGUUGAGACACCUGGAGACAUCUUCUCUACAGUCCUACCCCCCUCCUACUGUUGAGAUACCUGGAGACAUCUUCUCUACAGUCCUACCCCCCCUACUGUUGAGAUACCUGGAGACGUCUUCUCUACAGUCCUACCCCCCCCCUACUGUUGAGAUACCUGGAGACAUCUUCUCUACAGUCCUACCCCCCCGACUGUACUGACCUGAAAAGCCAAACAUCUUACCUGUUCAAGCUUACUGCAUACCAUGACAAUAUGUUGUCCAAAGCAAUAUAAAUGUGUAUUAGGCUCACUGAAACAGUGAUCGUAUACAUAUUAAAACACAACCUCAUUGGACUGUGUAUGUCAGAGAGGAAACACAGCAGAAAGCUGAGAAGGAAAACGAAUGCAGCCAUCGUCCAGGAUGCAUCCCAAAUCGUUCCCUAUAUAGUGCACUACUUUUGACCAGGGCCCAUGCCCCCUAUUUCCUAUAUAGU